CAACGAAUGUCUUCCACAUUCAGUCUAAAGAGAAAUAUCGACACGAAAACUUUUUUUCAGUGACAGCCAUUUUGUAGACAACAACGGAAAUUUGCUGCCAAAUAAAAGACCAACUAACGAGGUCAACAAACUGACUGCGUGCGUUUACACGCAGAGUUUGUUGCAUGUUUAAUUUAAUAAACAUUAUUUUUACACUUUUUUUAUAAAAGAAAAAUUUUCAUUUUGAGUUUUUAAUUAAAACAAAAUAAAAAUUGCCAAACGAUUAAUUGUUAAACGCAAUACACAAACAAAAAAUUUGAAGAACCAACGUUACAGUUUUGGAUUUUAAACGAAAAAACAAUUUUAAAGCUGAGGUCAUUUUAAGCAAAAAUGGCUGAAGCUGAAGGAGGAUCUGAGCAGGAUGAUGUUUCAUUCUUGAGGACGGAAGACAUGGUUUGCCUCUCGUGCACAGCAACGGGAGAGCGUGUCUGUCUUGCCGCUGAAGGGUUUGGUAAUCGUCACUGUUUCCUGGAAAAUAUUGCCGACAAGAACGUACCACCCGAUCUAUCGCAAUGUGUAUUUGUCAUCGAGCAGGCUUUAUCAGUUCGUGCUUUACAGGAAUUGGUCACAGCCGCUGGUUCAGAGACUGAUUCCCAAUUUGGCAAAGGUACUGGAUCCGGUCAUAGAACUUUACUCUAUGGUAAUGCCAUCUUAUUGCGCCAUAACAACAGUGACAUGUAUUUGGCUUGUCUUUCCACCUCGUCUUCCAACGAUAAAUUGUCAUUUGAUGUGGGUCUGCAAGAGCACAGCCAAGGCGAGGCUUGUUGGUGGACUGUACAUCCAGCCAGUAAACAACGUUCAGAGGGUGAGAAAGUCCGUGUAGGUGAUGAUUUAAUUUUAGUUUCGGUAGCAACAGAACGUUAUUUGCAUACAACCAAAGAAAAUGAACAGUCCAUUGUUAAUGCCAGUUUCCAUGUGACUCAUUGGUCAGUGCAACCAUAUGGUACCGGUAUCUCACGUAUGAAGUAUGUAGGUUAUGUAUUUGGUGGUGAUGUUUUACGCUUUUUCCACGGCGGUGAUGAAUGUUUAACUAUACCGAGUACCUGGGGUCGAGAAGCCGGACAGAACAUUGUUGUGUAUGAAGGUGGUUCGGUAAUGUCCCAGGCUCGUUCCCUGUGGCGUCUUGAAUUGGCACGCACUAAAUGGACUGGCGGUUUUAUAAAUUGGUUCCAUCCCAUGCGUAUCCGACAUAUCACAACUGGACGCUAUUUAGGCGUCAACGAUAAUAACGAAUUGAUUUUGGUUAAAAAGGAAGAAGCAGCUAUUGCUACAACGACUUUCUGCCUACGGGUGGAAAAGGACGACGAGAAAAAAGUACUCGAAGAUAAAGAUUUAGAAGUUAUUGGUUCACCCAUCAUCAAGUAUGGUGAUACCACCGUUAUAGUCCAGCAUUGUGAGAGUGGUCUGUGGCUCAGUUACAAGAGUUAUGAAACGAAAAAGAAGGGUGUCGGCAAAGUUGAAGAGAAACAAGCCAUUCUGCACGAAGAAGGCAAAAUGGAUGAUUGUCUGGAUUUCUCGAGAUCGCAGGAGGAAGAAUCGAAAACUGCUCGUGUUAUUCGUAAAUGUAGCAGUCUUUUUACACAAUUUAUUAACGCAUUGGAAACUUUACAAUCGAAUCGUCGUCAUUCGAUAUUCUUCCAAAAAGUCAAUCUCAACGAAAUGGUAAUGUGCCUAGAAGAUUUGAUAAACUAUUUCUCUCAGCCACCAGAUGACAUGGAACACGAGGAGAAACAAAAUCGUUUUCGUGCUCUGCGUAAUCGUCAGGAUCUAUUCCAGGAAGAAGGUGUUUUAAAUUUAAUCUUGGAAGCCAUUGAUAAAAUUAAUAUCAUAACAUCACAAGGCUUUUUGGCCAGCUUUUUGGCUGGUGAUGAGACUGGCCAAAGUUGGGAUUUAAUUUCCACUUAUCUCUAUCAAUUGUUGGCCGCUAUUAUCCAAGGCAACCACACCAAUUGUGCCCAAUUUGCCAAUAGCAAUCGUUUGAAUUGGCUUUUUUCUCGCUUGGGUUCUCAGGCUUCCAGUGAGGGUUCUGGUAUGUUGGAUGUACUACAUUGUGUUUUGAUUGAUUCCCCCGAAGCUUUGAACAUGAUGCGUGAUGAACACAUUAAAGUUAUUAUUUCACUGUUGGAAAAACACGGCAGAGAUCCCAAGGUCUUGGAUGUUUUAUGCUCACUGUGUGUGGGUAAUGGUGUUGCGGUACGUUCUUCACAAAAUAACAUUUGUGAUUUUCUAUUGCCUGGCAAGAAUCUAUUGCUGCAGACACAACUGGUUGAUCAUGUAGCCAGUAUUAGACCAAAUAUUUUUGUGGGUCGCGUAGAAGGCUCGGCCAUGUAUCAAAGGUGGUACUUUGAAGUAACCAUGGACCAUAUUGAACAAACCACUCAUAUGAUGCCUCACUUGCGCAUUGGUUGGGCGAAUACUUCCGGCUAUGUACCUUAUCCGGGUGGUGGCAAAAAAUGGGGUGGUAAUGGUGUUGGUGAUGAUUUGUAUUCCUUUGGUUUCGAUGGUGCUUAUUUAUGGACCGGAGGCCAUAAAACCUUGGUUAUGGAUAGUGUACCCGAAGAACCUUUUAUACGCAAAGGUGAUGUUGUUGGUGUUACCAUUGACUUGUCAGUGCCAGUUAUUACAUUUACCUUCAAUGGCCUUAAAGUUAAGGGUUCCUUCCGGGACUUUAAUUUAGAUGGCAUGUUUUUCCCCGUUAUGAGUUGUUCUUCCAAAUUAAGUUGCCGCUUUUUGUUUGGUGGUGAUCAUGGUCGUUUAAAAUUCAACCCACCACCAGGAUUUUCUCCUUUGGUGCAGUGUUUAAUGCCUCAUCAAAUAUUGAGUUUGGAUCCUUGCUUUUAUUUUGGUAACUUAAGUAAAAAUGUUUUAGCCGGUCCCUGGAUGAUAGAGGACGAUAAUGCAUUUGUGCCAAAGCCAGUAGAUACAUCGGGAGUUUCAUUGCCCUCUUCAGUAGAUCAAAUUAAAGAGAAGUUGGCGGAAAAUAUACAUGAAAUGUGGGCCCUCAAUAAAAUUGAGGCCGGUUGGUCUUGGGGUGAGCAUCGUGAUGAUUAUCAUCGUAUACAUCCAUGUUUAACACAAUUUGAAAAAUUACCUCCUGCCGAGAAACGUUACGACAACCAAUUGGCUGUACAAACAUUAAAAACCAUUAUUGCAUUGGGUUAUUAUAUAACCAUGGAUAAACCUCCAGCACGUAUACGUCCCAUACGUCUGCCCAACGAGAUUUUCAUGCAAGCUAAUGGUUAUAAGCCAGCUCCUCUGGAUUUAAGUGCUGUUACUUUAACACCAAAAUUAGAGGAACUUGUAGAUCAGUUGGCCGAAAAUACACACAAUCUUUGGGCCAGAGAACGCAUACAACAGGGCUGGACAUAUGGUCUCAAUGAGGACUCCGAAAAUUUACGCAGUCCUCAUUUAGUGCCCUAUUCUAAGGUUGAUGAGGCCAUUAAGAAAGCUAAUCGUGAUACUGCUUCCGAAACAGUACGUACUCUACUCGUUUACGGUUAUGUUUUGGAUCCCCCCACAGGCGAAGGCAAUGAGGCUUUAUUGGCCGAGGCUUUGAGACUUAAAUUUGCAGCCUUCCGUACUUAUCGUGUGGAACGCAAUUAUGCUGUUACCUCGGGUAAAUGGUAUUUUGAAUUCGAGGUUCUUACCUCUGGACCAAUGCGCGUCGGUUGGGCCAGAGCCGAUUGUAAUCCAGGUUCUAUGUUGGGUAGUGAAGACACCAGUUGGGCUUUUGAUGGUCACAAUGUUACCAAAUUGCAUGCUGGAACUGUUGAACAUUUUGGUGUUCGUUAUGAAGCUGGCGAUGUUAUCGGUUGUUUUAUCGAUGUCAAGGAACAAACCAUCAGUUUCUCGCUAAACGGUGAACUCCUAAUGGAUGCGUUGGGCGGAGAGACGACUUUUGCCGAAGUUACUGCAGAAGGUGUAGGUUUUGUACCAGCCUGUACAUUGGGUGUGGGUCAAAAGGCUCGCUUAAUUUAUGGUCAAGACGUAGAUUCUCUCAAGUUUUUCACUACUUGUGGUCUUCAGGAAGGUUAUGAACCUUUCUGCGUCAAUAUGCGACGCCCUGUUACCCAUUGGUAUACCAAGGAUCAGCCAAUAUUCGAAAAUACAGAAGAGAUGCCUGACUGUCGUAUUGAUGUGACACGUAUUCCUGGUGGAGCUGAUACACCACCUCAUUUGAAAAUUUCCCACAAUACUUUUGAGACCAUGGAAAAAGCCAACUGGGAGUUUUUACGUCUUUCCCUGCCGGUCACUUGUAUGAGUGAAUUUAUUACUGAAGCGGAGAAGGCCAGACGUUGGGAGGAAAUUAAAAUUAGACAAUAUCGUCUGAUGCGUGAUGCUCAAGAACAACAGCAGCAACAAACAUCAGCCCAUAUGGAUCAUAUGUUGAAGAGUGGUUUUACAAUGAACGACAUUAAGGGCCUAAAUCGCAAUUUCGAUGAUACAGCUGAGGCUGACGAAAUGCAUAGUCCUGCCCGACCACCACGUAGAAGUUCUGUUUCACGCAAUAUCACCUUUGAGUCGGAUUUGGGAGCCCCAGAGGAACUACAACGCUCCACGUCUGCGCUUGAUAUGAAUGGAAUGGAUGAAAGCAUGAUGGACGAUAAGAAGAAGCGCGGUCGUAGUCCGUUUAAGUUCUUCUCCAAAAAAUCGCGCGAUCAAAGUAAAGAAAAAAUGCCUGGCCGUGCUCCUGAAGUAAGCAUGGAAAGACGUAACACCGUUGCCCAUGGUCGUAAUGUGGUUAAUGCUCAAAUGACUACUAAAGCUCCUACAUUGCGUUUAAACAAUACGGAAAUGCCUCAGACCCCCGUACAACAGGGACCAAAAGCACUUAGUGGCGGUGCUCUGGGACAGCCAUCGGUUGAAUCUUCAGGCAAUGAAAUGUUUGAUAGCGAAUGUUUAAAACUUAUCAACGAAUACUUUUAUGGCGUUCGUAUAUUCCCUGGUCAAGAUCCCACCCAUGUAUAUGUAGGUUGGGUAACCACACAAUAUCAUUUACAUAGCAAAGAAUUUAACAAGGAUAAGGUGCGAAGAGGUUCCGUAAUUAUUGAAGAUGAUUAUGAAAUGCCCAUUGAACGCAUUAAUCGCCAAAGUUGCUAUGUCGUACGUGCCGAUGAACUCUUUAAUGAAGUAACUCAGGAUGCUUCAGGUAAGGGAGCAUCACAGGGCAUGUUUGUUGGAUGUUUCGUCGACACCGCUACGGGCAUGAUAAGUUUUACAUGUGAAGGAAAGGAAACUUCACAUCGUUGGAAGAUGGAACCAGGAACUAAACUAUUCCCAGCUAUUUUCGUUGAAGCCACUAGCAAAGAAAUUUUGCAAAUUGAAUUGGGACGUACAGCAACAACACUGCCUCUUUCAGCUGCUGUCUUGCCAACAAGUGACAAACAUAUCAAUCCACAGUCCCCACCUCGUUUAAAGGUCCAAUGUCUUCGUCCUCAUCAAUGGGCACGUGUGCCCAAUACAGCACUGCAAGUGCAUGCUCUAAAACUAUCCGACAUACGAGGCUGGUCAAUGCUUUGUGAAGAUCCAGUCUCUAUGUUAGCCCUACACAUCCCUGAGGAAGAUCGUUGCAUUGACAUUUUAGAAUUGAUAGAAAUGGAUAAACUACUAUCCUUCCAUGCCCAUUCACUUACCUUGUAUGCUGCUCUCUGCUAUCAGUCCAAUUAUAGAGCUGCUCAUGCCUUAUGUCAACAUGUUGAUCAGAAGCAACUGUUGUAUGCUAUACGUUCCGAAUAUAUGAGUGGACCGCUACGUCAGGGCUUUUAUGACCUUUUAAUUGCAUUGCAUUUGGAAUCGCAUGCCACCACAAUGGAGGUUUGUAAGAUGGAAUAUAUCAUUCCUUUAGGGCCGGAACUUAAAUUCCUCUACGAAGAUGAGGAAAUGUGUCAUUCCUUGAGGUCAUUGAUUACCGAAUCAGUUCAGCCUCAUUUGCGCAUGACAGAAAUAACCACACCUAUGAGUACCCAUACAACUAGCAUACAAAAUGUUUCCAGUGAACCAAUACCAGACAUCGAUCAUCUAUACUCCCCGAAGUUCCCCUUAGAAGUAGUGCGCGAAUUUGUUAUGGAGGCAUUACAGGAGGCCGUUGAGAUCAAUCAAGUGCACAAUAGAGAUCCUAUAGGAUGGACGAAUGAAAACCUUUUCUUGCCCCUUUUAAAGCUUACCGAUCGUUUGUUAUUAGUGGGUGUCAUGACCGACGAUGACGUUCAAAAGUUGUUGGUUAUGAUCGAUCCAGAAACGUGGGAUCCUAGCUUUGAAAAAGAUGGAAAAGAUGAACAUCGUAAAGGCCUUUUAACCAUGAAGAUGGCGGAAGGCGCCAAACUGCAAAUGUGCUAUUUACUUCAUCAUCUUUAUGACAUUCAACUUAGACAUCGCGUGGAAAGCAUUAUUGCAUUCUCACAUGACUUUGUGGGUGAUCUUCAAGCAGAUCAAUUGCGUCGCUAUAUAGAAAUCAAACAAUCCGAUCUUCCAAGUGCUGUCGCAGCCAAGAAAACAAAAGAAUUCCGCUGUCCACCAAGAGAACAAAUGAACCAGAUUCUUUGCUUUAAGAAUCUGGAACCAGAUGAUCAUGAAAAUUGUACUUGUGGCUUGGAUUUGCGUGGACGUUUAUACGAUUUCCAUGAUUCUCUUAUGAAAAAAGUGUCACUAAAUGCUUUGCAGGAGCCGGACGAACCAGAAAGCAAUGCGAUCGAAGAGGUCAAAACGGGUCCAAUUACAAAGAUAUACAAUUUCAUUAACACUGUGAAGGAACUUGAAGAAGGUCCCAAAGAAGUUGAGGAACCUGAGAAGAAAACUCCCGAAGAAGUGUUCCGUAAAGUUUUAAUUAAAACAAUUGUUAGUUGGGCUGAGGAAUCACAAAUUGAAACCCCCAAAUUGGUGCGUGAAAUGUUUAGCCUUCUUGUUAGGCAGUACGACACGGUGGGUGAAUUGGUGAGAGCUCUUGAAAAAACAUAUGUCAUCAAUAAUAAAGCCCGAGAAGAUGUGGCUGAAAUGUGGGUUGGUUUAAGCCAAAUCCGCGCUUUGCUUCCUGUUCAAAUGAGUCAAGAAGAGGAAGAAUUAAUGAGGAAGCGAUUGUGGAAGUUAGUUAACAAUGCUACAUUCUUCCAACAUCCCGAUUUGAUACGUAUUCUCAGAGUUCAUGAGAACGUAAUGGCUGUCAUGAUGAACACUCUAGGUCGACGAGCUCAAGCCCAAAGUGACGCCCCAGCUCAAUCAGAGGGAGCGGAAGGAGCACCAGCUAAGGAGAAGGAUACCUCUCAUGAAAUGGUGGUGGCUUGCUGUCGUUUCCUCUGUUAUUUCUGUAGGACUGGAAGACAAAAUCAAAAAGCCAUGUUCGAUCACUUUGACUUUUUGCUAGACAACGCGAACAUUUUACUCGCUAGACCCAGCUUACGCGGUUCUACUCCUCUAGAUGUGGCAUACUCAAGUUUAAUGGAGAACACAGAACUAGCUCUGGCCUUGCGCGAACACUAUUUAGAAAAAAUUGCCGUUUAUCUUUCGCGCUGCGGUUUGCAAAGUAACUCCGAGCUCGUCGAAAAGGGCUAUCCUGACUUAGGUUGGGAUCCAGUAGAAGGCGAACGCUAUUUGGACUUUUUACGUUACUGCGUUUGGGUAAAUGGUGAAAGUGUUGAAGAAAACGCCAACCUUGUCAUUCGUCUUCUUAUCCGACGUCCAGAAUGUUUAGGGCCGGCUCUAAGAGGAGAAGGAGAAGGUCUAUUCCGUGCUAUAGUUGAGGCCAAUCGUAUGUCUGAACGGAUAUCUGACCGCUGCAAAAUGCAAGACGAAGCCGAAGGCACUAUUGCUGGCCUUAACUUCUCGCAUCCUCUACCCGAAGGCGAAGAGGACGAGGACUACAUUGAUACUGGUGCUGCUAUCUUGAACUUCUAUUGUACCUUAGUGGAUCUUCUCGGUAGAUGUGCACCCGACGUCUCGGUUAUAGAACAAGGUAAAAAUGAAUCAUUAAGAGCUAGAGCUAUUUUGAGAUCUCUUGUGCCACUGGAGGAUCUUCAAGGUGUCCUCAGCUUAAAGUUCACACUCACUCAAACUGCACCGGGAGAGGAAAGGCCAAAGUCUGACAUGCCCUCGGGCCUAUUGCCCAAUAACAAACAAAGCAUCGUUCUUUUCUUGGAACGUGUCUAUGGCAUAGAAACACAGGAGCUCUUCUAUCGUCUACUCGAGGAUGCGUUCCUGCCUGAUUUGAGAACAGCCACCAUUUUAGAUAAAAGUGAUGGCUCAGAAAGUGAUAUGGCUCUUUCAAUGAAUCGCUACAUUGGCAACUCAAUAUUGCCACUGCUAAUUAAACAUUCUAAAUUCUACAAUGAGGCAGAAAAUUAUGCCAGCCUAUUGGAUGCAACACUGCACACGGUCUAUAGAUUGUCUAAGAACCGUAUGCUUACUAAGGGCCAAAGAGAAGCUGUCUCUGACUUUUUGGUGGCUUUGACAUCACAAAUGCAACCUGCAAUGUUGUUGAAACUCUUACGCAAGUUGACAGUUGAUGUCUCAAAAUUAUCCGAAUACACGACUGUGGCUUUGAGGCUCCUUACAUUACACUUCGAUCGUUGUGCCAAAUAUUAUGGCUCCAGUCAAGGUCAAGGCUCUUAUGGAGCAUCGUCUGAUGAAGAAAAACGUCUUACUAUGCUCCUGUUCUCUAACAUAUUUGACUCACUCAGCAACAUGGAUUACGAUCCUGAAUUGUUUGGUAAAGCGUUGCCAUGUUUGAUUGCAAUUGGAUGUGCUUUGCCACCGGACUACAGUUUAUCCAAAAACACCGACGAAGAUUAUUAUGGUCGUCAAUCCGGCGCCCCCGAUCAACCACAAUACGACCCCAACCCAAUUGAUACAGUCAGCGUUAAUUUAACCAACGAUUAUAAUUCUUUGGUGCAGAAGUUUAGCGAACAUUAUCAUGAUGCUUGGGCCAGUCGCCGUUUAGAGAGCGGAUGGACUUACGGUGAAAUACGUUCUGAUAGUGAUCGUAAACAUCCUAGACUUAAACCCUAUAAUAUGUUAACCGAAUACGAACGUGAACGUUAUAGAGAUCCAGUAAGAGAAUGCUUGAAAGCUCUUCUUGCUCUAGGUUGGACCAUUGAACAUUCAGAAAUUGAAGUACCUCAAAAUCACCGUGGUUCUACCAGACGUCAAUCAAAGCCUCAAAUUCAUGAUUUUCAGAACGAAGGAAGUGCUUUCAAUUACAAUCCACAUCCUGUCGAUAUGACAAAUCUCACACUAAGCAGAGAAAUGCAGAAUAUGGCUGAGCGUUUGGCAGAAAACUCGCACGAUAUUUGGGCCAAAAAGAAGAAGGAAGAAUUGGAUUCCUGCGGUGGUGUUAUUCAUGCCCAACUUGUGCCUUAUGAUUUGUUAACAGACAAAGAGAAACGCAAAGAUCGUGAGAGAUCCCAGGAAUUCUUAAAGUAUAUGCAAUAUCAAGGCUACAAAUUGCACAAACCAUCUAAGGGUGGUGUUGCUGAAGGUGAAGGAGGUGCUGCUACUACAGCUGUAGAAUUAAGAUUCUCUUAUUCCUUAUUGGAGAAGCUAAUUCAAUACGUGGACAGAGCUACUAUUAAUAUGAAAUUAUUGAAACCUUCUACAACGUUCAGUCGACGCACUUCAUUCAAGACCGCGUCUCGCGAUAUCAAAUUCUUCUCGAAAGUCGUUCUGCCAUUGAUGGAAAAAUACUUCUCCACACAUCGAAACUAUUUCAUUGCUGUUGCUACGGCCACUAAUAAUGUGGGAGCUGCAUCAUUAAAGGAAAAAGAAAUGGUAGCUUCAAUCUUCUGCAAAUUAGCGUCACUUUUACGUAACAGAUUGAGCGCUUUUGGUCCAGAUGUACGCAUUACUGUGCGUUGUCUUCAAGUGUUGGUGAAAGGAAUUGAUGCCAGAACUUUAGUAAAGAAUUGUCCCGAGUUUAUACGAACAUCCAUGUUGACAUUCUUCAAUCAAACCGCUGAUGAUUUAGGAAACACAAUUCUUAAUUUGCAAGAUGGCAAAUACAGUCAUCUGAGAGGAACUCAUCUAAAGACGUCAACAUCGCUGGGUUACAUUAAUCAAGUCGUUAUGCCGGUCUUAACAGCCAUGUUUGAUCAUUUAGCAGCAUGUGACUAUGGCAGUGACUUGUUGUUGGAUGAAAUUCAAGUUGCAUCUUAUAAAAUUCUAGCUGCACUGUACCAUUUGGGAACAGAUGGUACCUUAACGCAUGAGCGCAAAUACUUGAAAACUGAAAUCGAAAGGCAUCGUCCAGCUCUAGGUUCUUGUUUGGGAGCAUUUAGUUCUUGUUUCCCAGUAGCUUAUUUGGAACCUCACCUUAAUAAGCACAAUCAAUUUUCUUUGCUUAAUCGUAUAGCCGAUCACUCCCUGGAGGCGCAAGAUAUAAUGGUGAAAAUGGAAAGUUGCAUGCCAAAUUUGGAAACAAUUCUAGGAGAAGUAGACCAAUUUGUGGAAUCUGAUAAUACAUACAAUGAUGCACCUCACAUCAUUGAUGUUAUUUUGCCUUUGUUAUGUUCCUACCUUCCAUUCUGGUGGUCUCAAGGACCUGAUAAUGUCAGCCCUACAAGUGGCAAUCAUGUAACUAUGGUUACUGCCGAUCACAUGAAUUCCUUGUUGCGCAAUGUACUCAAAAUGAUCAAGAAAAAUAUCGGCAAUGAUAAUGCUCCUUGGAUGACCAGAAUUGCUGCCUAUACUCAGCAGAUUAUUAUUAAUACAUCUGAAGAACUAUUGAAAGAUCCAUUCUUGCCCUUGGCGGAAAGAGUUAAAAAACGAACUGAGAACAUGUUCCACAAGGAGGAGAGCAUGCGUGGCUUUAUCAAAUCAGCAACGGAUGACACGUCACAAGUUGAAACGCAACUGCAAGAGGACUGGAACUUGCUGGUACGGGAUAUAUACUCCUUCUAUCCUCUGUUAAUCAAGUAUGUCGAUCUUCAACGUAAUCACUGGCUUAAAGAUAAUAUUCCUGAAGCCGAGGAGCUAUAUAACCAUGUGGCAGAAAUAUUUAACAUUUGGUCAAAGAGUCAGUACUUCCUUAAGGAAGAACAAAACUUUAUUUCAGCUAAUGAAAUUGAUAACAUGGCUUUGAUUAUGCCAACGGCUACCAGAAGGUCUGCAAUUACAGAGGGCACUCCUGUUACAGGAGGCAAGGUUAAGAAGAAGAAAAAGAAUCGUGAUAAGAAGCGCGACAAAGACAAAGAGAUACAAGCUAGUUUAAUGGUUGCAUGUCUCAAACGUCUAUUGCCCGUGGGUCUCAACCUGUUUGCUGGCCGUGAGCAGGAAUUGGUUCAGCACUGCAAAGAUCGUUACUUGAAGAAAAUGCCUGAGUACGAUGUUAUCGAAUUUGCUCACCUUCAGUUGACAUUGCCCGACAAACUAGAUCCUUCGGAUGAAAUGUCAUGGCAGCAUUAUUUGUAUUCAAAAUUGGGCAAAAAGGAAGAAGUAUCCGAAGAGCAAGCAGUGGAGAAAGCAGCCAAUCAAAAUGAAAAGGGCAAAGACAAGACACAAGAAACUGUCGAUCGUAUUGUAGCGAUGGCCAAAGUAUUAUAUGGCUUGCACAUGAUUGAUCAUCCCCAACAGCAAAGCAAAAAUGUCUACAGGAGUGUUGUUUCCAUACAAAGGAAGCGUGCUGUUAUUGCGUGCUUCCGUCAGACAUCUUUACAUUCUUUACCAAGACAUAGAGCUUGCAACAUUUUUGCUCGUACAUAUCACGAACAAUGGCUACAGGAAGAAAAUGUAGGCCAAGAGGUUAUGAUCGAAGAUCUUACGCAAACAUUUGAAGAAUUCGAAAAGUCCAAAAAGGAAGAAGAUGAAUCCGAAAGCAAACCUGAUCCCUUGACGCAGCUGGUUACUACCUUCUGUCGGGGUGCUAUGACUGAAAGAAGUGGUGCCCUUCAGGAAGAUGUACUUUAUAUGUCAUAUGCUCAAAUUGCUGCCAAAUCUUGUGGAGAAGAAGAGGAAGAAGGAGGCGGUGAAGAAGAGGGUGGUGAAGGCGGUGAAGAAGCAGCGGAAGGAGAAGGAACAAGUAUCCAUAAUACAAUGGCUAAACUAAUGGAACAAGAAAUGGAAAAACAAAAAUUACUUUUCCAUCAAGCACGUUUGUCAAAUCGUGGUGUAGCUGAAAUGGUGUUGUUGCAUAUAUCUGCCUCCAAGGGUAUACCUUCCGAAAUGGUAAUGACAACUUUAAAUUUGGGUAUUGCCAUUUUACGUGGCGGCAACAUUGAUAUUCAAAUGGGAAUGCUUAAUCAUCUAAAGGAGAAAAAGGAUGUUGGAUUCUUUACCUCAAUUGCUGGCUUAAUGAAUUCGUGCAGUGUCUUGGAUUUGGAUGCUUUCGAGAGAAACACGAAAGCAGAAGAAUACAUUCCAAGUGCGGGUGCAGGUCUUGGCGUCGGUUCGGAAGGUGCUGCUGGCGAGAAGAAUAUGCAUGAUGCCGAAUUUACUUGUGCGCUGUUCCGUUUCAUUCAAUUGACUUGUGAAGGUCACAACUUGGACUGGCAGAAUUACUUGCGUACCCAGGCUGGCAACACAACAACAGUGAACGUUGUCAUUUGCACAGUCGAUUACUUGUUGCGUCUGCAGGAAUCUAUUAUGGACUUCUAUUGGCAUUAUUCUAGCAAGGAAAUCAUAGAUCCAGCAGGAAAGGCCAAUUUCUUUAAGGCUAUCGGUGUGGCAAGUCAAGUAUUCAACACCCUUACUGAAGUCAUUCAGGGUCCAUGUACUCUUAAUCAGCAAGCUUUGGCCCAUUCAAGAUUGUGGGAUGCGGUUGGAGGUUUCCUCUUCCUUUUCUCUCACAUGCAGGAAAAAUUAUCGAAGCACUCCAGUCAAGUUGAUUUAUUGAAGGAACUGUUGAAUUUGCAGAAGGACAUGAUCACUAUGAUGUUAUCUAUGUUGGAAGGCAAUGUCGUAAACGGUACAAUUGGUAAACAGAUGGUUGACACACUGGUAGAAUCUGCUGGCAAUGUGGAAUUGAUUUUGAAAUAUUUCGAUAUGUUCUUGAAACUCAAGGAUCUAAUUGAAUCUCCCAGCUUCCAAGAAAUUGAUAUCAAGAACGAAGGAUGGGUAACUCCAAAAGAUUUUAGAGAUAAAAUGGAACAAUCGAAGAAUUAUACACCCGAGGAAAUGGACUUUUUGUUGGCUUGUUGUGAACGUAAUCAUGAGGGUAAAAUUGAUUAUGCGGCAUUUGUUGAUCGUUUCCAUGAACCCUCAACGGAAAUCGGUUUUAAUUUGGCUGUAUUGUUGACCAACCUAAGUGAGCAUAUGCCUAAUGAACCACGUUUAGCUCGAUUCCUUGAAACUGCUGGCUCUGUGUUGAACUACUUUGAGCCAUUCUUAGGUCGUAUUGAAAUCUUGGGUAGUUCAAAGAGAAUUGAACGUGUUUAUUUCGAAAUUAAGGACUCAAAUAUCGAGCAAUGGGAGAAACCCCAGAUUAAGGAAUCGAAGAGAGCAUUCUUCUACUCAAUUGUAACCGAAGGCGGUGAUAAGGAAAAACUUGAAGCUUUUGUAAACUUCUGUGAAGAUGCCAUUUUUGAAAUGACUCAUGCUUCUGGUUUGAUGGCUACUGAUGAAGGUGGCAGUAAUGUCAAACGUGAUACCUCCUAUAGUUCUUAUAUGAGUGAAGAGGAUGAAGAAAGAGCAGCUAGACACCCUGUUACACGAACCAUAAAUGCUGUAAAAGAUGGUCUUAAAUUUGCAGCGGUUAUGUUAAGUCCUGCAAAUAUUAAACAUCAAAUUGGUGUUAUGCAAACGAAAUCUGUACCGGAAUUGAUUGUUGGCUUCUUUAAAAUUAUUUUCUACAUGUUCUACUACACUGGUUAUGCCCACUUUGCAGUGGUUCGAUAUAUAUUUGGAAUUUUAAUGAAUUUGAUGCGUGGUCCAGCUCCUGAGGAAGUAGAAGAGGCACCAGUGGAGGAAGAAACGUUUGGUAGGGCGUUACCGCCAUUGCCUAUAGAGGAACCGCCAAGCACAGUACAAGCAUUUGGUUUGGACAUAAAUAAGGAAGAAAACGGACAAUAUAAGGUUACGGUACAUGAGUCUUCAGGUGGCAGUCCUUCGACAUCCGUUGAGGAAACUGGUGAAUCUAGCCCUGAAGAUGGAGGUCCUACUGGUGAAGCAACUGCUGAGGCAGAAAGCCAUGCUGAACCCAUAUCGAUUGUAGAUUUAUUAGGUGGAGAGGCAGCUAAGAAGGCCGCCCAAGAACGCCAAGAGGCUCAAAAAGCACAAGAAGCCGCAAUGGCCUCCAUUGAAGCCGAAGCUAAGAAAUCAUCUGCAGCUCCUCAAGAAACUCCAGCCGUUAAUCAAAUCGACUUUUCUGCUUAUGCCCACCGUGCCGUUAGCUUUUUGGCUCGUAAUUUCUACAACCUGAAAUAUGUUGCUUUAGUUUUAGCUUUCAGCAUCAACUUUAUGUUACUCUUCUAUAAAGUUACAUCCUUUACUGAAGACGAAGAAGCUUCCGGUGAUGAUGUAUUGAUAUUGGGAUCUGGUUCAGGUGCAGGUAUGACUGGUUCUGGUCUUGGCUCAGGUGAAGGUUCGGGCGAUGACGGAGGUGAGGAAGAUGAUAUACCGGAAUUGGUUCACGUCGACGAAGAUUUCUUCUAUAUGGAACACGUUAUACGUAUAGCGGCCAUAUUGCACAGUCUGGUCUCGUUAGCUAUGUUGAUUGCAUACUAUCAUCUCAAAGUUCCAUUGGCUAUUUUCAAACGUGAAAAGGAAAUUGCCAGACGUCUGGAAUUCGACGGCCUAUUCAUUGCAGAACAACCCGAAGAUGAUGAUUUCAAGUCGCAUUGGGAUAAACUGGUGAUAUCAGCUAAAUCAUUCCCGGUUAACUAUUGGGACAAAUUCGUAAAGAAAAAAGUACGUCAAAAGUACAGUGAAACGUAUGAUUUCGAUUCGAUUUCCAAUCUUUUGGGUAUGGAGAAAAGUUCAUUUAUGGCUCAGGAAGCUGAUGAAGGUGGCCUCGUUAAAUACAUUAUGAACAUCGAUUGGCGCUAUCAAGUUUGGAAGGCGGGCGUAACAUUUACCGAUAAUGCUUUCCUCUACUCACUUUGGUACUUCUCGUUCUCUGUAAUGGGAAACUUUAACAACUUCUUCUUCGCUGCUCAUUUACUCGAUGUUGCUGUCGGUUUCAAGACUCUACGUACCAUUUUGCAAUCCGUAACACAUAACGGUAAACAACUCGUACUCACAGUAAUGCUUUUGACCAUUAUCGUAUACAUAUACACGGUCAUCGCCUUCAAUUUCUUCCGUAAAUUCUAUAUUCAAGAAGAGGAUGAAGAAGUAGACAAAAAAUGUCACGACAUGUUAACGUGCUUUGUAUUCCAUCUUUAUAAGGGCGUUAGAGCAGGUGGUGGUAUUGGUGACGAAAUCGGCGAUCCAGAUGGUGAUGAUUACGAAGUCUAUCGUAUUAUCUUCGAUAUUACUUUCUUCUUCUUCGUCAUUGUUAUUCUUUUGGCCAUCAUUCAAGGUUUGAUCAUUGAUGCCUUUGGUGAGCUUCGUGAUCAAUUGGAGUCGGUGAAAGAGAAUAUGGAAUCUAAUUGCUUCAUAUGUGGCAUGGGUAAGGACUUCUUUGACAUAGUACCGCACGGUUUCGAUACUCAUGUCCAGAAAGAACACAACUUGGCCAACUACAUGUUCUUCCUUAUGCAUUUGAUCAACAAACCGGAUACGGAAUAUACUGGUCAAGAGACAUACGUUUGGAAUAUGUAUCAACAGCGUAGCUGGGACUUCUUCCCAGUCGGUGAUUGCUUCCGCAAGCAAUAUGAAGAUGAACUAUCUGGAGGUGGUGGCGGCGGUUAAUAUUCUUCCUCUACAAGCCUUUAAAUAGUAUGUCGACGGACCAUUUAACUAUACAUACAAUGUUUUUUAGACAAAUUUUUUUCACUACUGUUUUUAUAUACUAAAUACCUAAUUAAACUUAUAUAAAUCUGUAUAUUUAUUAUAUAUUUAAUACUAUUAAUAAAAUUGUUAAAACAAUCAAUUGUUAAGUCAACCAAGGAAUUUAUUCAAACAACUAGUCAAUUUGAAACGAAAGCAAAAACCAACAAUUUAAAGUAAAAACAAUACACCUAACUUAUUAAAUUUAUUUUAUUACCGUUACUGUAAAAAUUUUGUUAAUAGCGUAAAAUUGUAACCGCCUUCAAACAAAAAACUAAUUUAUCUAGACAAACAACUCAGAAUAGAAAUCAAAAAUGUAUAAACACAAUUUAUUUGUAUUCGUAUUUAAAUAAACUUGUACUAUUUAUUAAAUAAAUUUUAAUGAUUUUAUUGAAAAUAAAAAA